UCGGGACGUCGGACUGUUUAGUCGUUAUCUAGUGUAUUCUGACCUUUGAUCUAGUGUGUUACUGGGCUUAUACUUACGUGUGUAUACGGUGAUGAAUUAUGUAUAAGUGCUGUGUCCAGUGAGCCAAAAUGACGUUUGACUGUGUGUUGCGCCUAAGCGCACUUGUAGUGAUGACUAUUGCUCUUUGUAUUGAAGGCAGAGAAGAACCGCACCAAUUCACAAUAGACGAAUUACUCUCAAACAAUUAUGAAAAUAAAGAAUCUAAUGAUCUAGGAUUGGAUCCUUGUAAAGCUGGUAAUUUUCAAGGAGAUAUCGCAAUACCAGACGUCGAUUACUACAAACCUAGAAACGCUCCGAGUUCCUCUAAAAUUAAUAAAUCCCUUCAAGAAGAAGUUGAAAGACUAAAAAAGGAAGUCUUGUUGGAGGGUCUUCAAGUAGAAGAAGAGGGAUUGCCUGACAUCCUAAGAAAAAGAACCAAACAACCAUUACAGUUAUCACAAGAAAAACCGAAAAAGUAUAAUGAAGCUUCUAUUUCUUCUAAGGUUCUACCAGCAGGGCUGGAUAAAUCUCUUUUGCUAAAAAAUGGGAAAUUACCACCCGGUGAAAAUUUGGAUUACCUCGAACCUAUCAACUCCGUAAAUCAAACUAAUCAUAAUAUUAUUGUUGAUAAUUUGACAGAAUCAGAAAGCCUAGAACAAGACGGCGUUUUAGUUGUAAACAUUUCAAAUGAUAAUGUGUUGAAUCUUGACGAACUCUAUACAAAUAUUAAGUUGUCAAAUAAUUCACCUAAAGCAGAAGAAGUCAAAAAUAAAAUUCAAAGUAACAGUCGCGAAAUAACUGGAGAUUCAAAUAAUAAUAACAAUAUUAAAUUCAAGUUACCUGAAAACGCAACAGUGGCACCUGCACCAACGAACGGAGAUUUGUCAUCUAGUGUUCUAGAUGAUAGGAAUCAAACUAUAAAUAGGGCCGAUAAAACGAGCUAUAAACUAAAACCAGAGAUAAAUGAAACUAACGAUUUACUAAAACCAACGGAAAGCCUACAAACGUUGAUUGAUGACUCCAGUGAACACAAGCGGCACAGAAGAAGGAGACAUGGUAAUAGAAGAAGACUACGCAACAUACAGUCGAUUGAGGAAAUGGAUAAAAAUAGAUCGAAGUUGUCAGAAGAAGACGAUCAACAGAGAAAGAAGUUUUUUCGGCAUCAUAAGAAAUUUCGAAAUGAACUGGAAUACAGGAAAUUUGAAAUACCCGUGCAUGAGUUCGAAGAUAAGUUUGACGUUAAGCCACCACCAAAGGUGCCUUUAAAGAACGAUUCAGAAAUUUUCCAACACUGGUUUUUUCGUGACUCUGAUAUAGACUUAGAAGAAGCCGAAAGUCAAUUUUAUAAUAAAACUGAGGAUAAAAUAAGGCACCGUAGUGCUCGCGCGGCAACAAACAGAAAAGAGCGGAUAUGGGAAAACGGUGUGAUUCCAUAUGAAAUUGACGGGAACUUUAGUGGGGCUCAUAAAUCUCUAUUCAAACAAGCUAUGAGGCAUUGGGAAAACUUUACUUGCGUCAAAUUCGUCGAAAGAGAGUCCGGACACACGGACUACAUUAUUUUCACAGAGCGGCCCUGUGGGUGUUGUUCCUUUGUCGGAAAACGGGGUAACGGUGCUCAAGCGAUAUCCAUUGGAAAGAAUUGUGAUAAGUUCGGUAUCGUUGUACACGAGCUUGGUCACGUUGUCGGCUUCUGGCACGAGCACACUCGACCUGACAGAGACAGGCAUGUCCAAAUUAUCAGGGAUAAUAUAAUGACAGGACAAGAGUAUAAUUUCAAUAAACUGACGGAGGAAGAAGUGAACUCAUUGGGGCAGACUUAUGACUAUGACUCUAUAAUGCACUACGCGCGAAAUACUUUUAGCAAGGGUACUUAUUUAGACACGAUAUUACCGCUAGAAGUACAUGGAAAGAAGAGACCGGAGAUUGGGCAGAGAGUGAGAUUGAGUGCUAGUGACAUCGCCCAAACUAAUUUACUUUAUAAAUGUGCUAAAUGCGGGAAAACCUUCUUAGGAAAUUCGGGAUGGUUCAACUCGCCGGGUUGGGGGACAGAAAUACUUCCAGCAACACCAGAGCGCUGCGAAUGGCGUAUUGUUGCAACGCAUGGGGAAAGAGUCGUUCUUAAUAUAACUGAAAUCGAUAUCCACAAAACAGAUGGAUGCCGUUCAGAAUGGGUCGAUGUGCUUGACGGGUAUAUGCCUGAUGCGCCCGUAUUGGGCCGGAUUUGUGGCUCCGGGAAGGGACCGCUACUGUGGUCCACGGGAUCAAGACUAACCGUCGUUUAUCAACCUGGACCGCGAUCUAAACUGAAUCGUGGAUUUAGAGCUUAUUAUGAAGCGGUAUGCGGAGGCGACGUAGACGUCAAUAGCAGUGGUCAUUUGGAGUCACCUAAUUAUCCUGAUGACUAUCAACCGAAUAAGCUCUGUGUUUGGCGACUCACUGUUCCUGAGGAGUAUCAAGUAGCUCUUCGUUUCCAUUCGUUUGAGGUGGAGAACCACGACACAUGUAACUACGACAAAGUGAAAGUGCGAGAUGGUGACUCCAUGGAUAGUCCACUUAUUGGCAUGUUUUGUGGGCACAAAAUACCGCCAGAUAUCAGGUCAACAUCAAACAAACUUUUAGUAAUUUUCGAAUCAGACAGUUCGGUACAAAAAGCUGGUUUCUCUGCGACUUUUAUGAAAGAGUUCGACGAGUGCGCUUCCAUAGACCACGGCUGCAGCCAUUCUUGUGUUAACACCCUCGGUGGGUAUGAGUGCGCUUGUGAUAUUGGAUAUGAAUUGCAUUCGGAUGGCAAGAAGUGUGAGAACGCAUGUGGUGGUGUACUAUACACUCCAAAUGGAACAAUUACAUCGCCAUCAUUUCCCGAUCUAUACCCUCCAUCUAAGAAUUGUUUGUGGGAGAUCGUGGCACCUCCACAGCAUCGGAUAACACUAAAUUUCACCCAUUUCGACUUGGAAGGCAGCAAUAAUAUGUAUCACCAGGAAUGUGAAUAUGACAGUGUAACAGUCCACUCGCGUUUGGGUGCCGAUGUUUUACGGCGACAUGGAGCAUUUUGUGGCUCCAUUUUACCUCCUCCUGUCACUUCAGAUGGCUCUGUCCUAAGAGUUCAGUUUACAUCAGACACAUCAGUCCAUCACUCAGGUUUCGCUGCAGCGUAUUACAUAGACGUAGACGAAUGCUCGGACAAUAAUGGCGGAUGUCAGCACGAGUGUCAUAACACGCUGGGAGGUUAUGAGUGCGCUUGUCAUAGUGGCUUCACGUUACACCCCAAUAAACACGAUUGCAAAGAGGGCGGGUGUAAGCAUGAUAUAACGCACCCACAUGGGACUAUUUUCAGUCCAAACUAUCCCGACUCAUAUCCGUCCCGUAAAGACUGCGUGUGGCAAUUUUCUACGACACCCGGACAUCGUAUCAAAUUGAUAUUCAAUGUAUUUGAAUUGGAGCCACAUCAGGAAUGCACGUACGACCAUGUAACGAUUUACGACGGUGCAUCAGCUGAUGAGAAGACGUUGGGUCGAUUCUGUGGCAGCAAGUUGCCACACCCUGUAGUCGCUUCACAGAACCUCAUGUAUGUGGUAUUUAAGUCUGAUGCCUCCGUACAGAGGAAGGGUUUCUUCGCUACUUAUUCCACUGCAUGUGGCGGCUACCUAAGUGCAACUGACUCAGUUAAACAUUUAUAUUCUCACGCUCGAUAUGGUCACGAUUCAUAUGAGUCCCAUGCCAACUGCGAUUGGAGUAUUGUGGCACCUGUGGGCCAAUUCGUUAGACUCACAUUCCUCACAUUCGAGUUGGAACCAGAGGCCAACUGCGGUUAUGACUUUGUCCAAAUCCUAGGAGGAUUAGAAGGAAGCGUUGGGCCGUAUGGAAAUUAUUGUGGAACUAAGAUGCCUCCAGAAAUUGUAUCAACAACCGAAGCAUUACUUGUGAAAUUCCGUACGGACGAUUCCAUCGUAUUCAAAGGCUUUUCCGCGUCGUACCAAGCCGUGAAGCCAGAUGUAUGGAGUGGGGAGGACAGCUCCGAAGGUGGGGAAGAUGAUGAGGAAGAGGAUGAACAGAUGCCUCCCCUCGUGGUGGGGAGGGGCCUACGAGGGUCGACGAGAUAUGUCAGACGGCCUACGUGACGGUGGCCAUUACGUCAUCCUAGACACAGGCGACCCCAUAGGAACACAAAACGCACGAAGUCUGUGUUCGUUCAUCGACCGUAUUAGGGCAAUAUUACUGUUUGAAGUGAGUCAUUUUCAUUUUGCCGGAUUAAAACGCGUUAAUUUUAACGCGUUAAAAUUAAUUUUAUAACUUCAGACAAUAAUUAAAUAUCAUUCGUGUUGGCAUUGUAAUCAUUAGUUCCUCACUUCAUGUUUAUUUUUCCAUUUGGUCUGUUUAAUUUUUCUCUUGCUCAUCAUCAUCAAGCCGUCGCCAUCCAGUUCAUGACAGAAUCCAUGUCCAGUUCAGAUUCGCUUAUCAGCAAAAUUACUUAAUUUUAUGUGUGUGUCAUAAUGGAAUCAUGGUGAAUUUUUUAGGCAGUUUUAUUCGUUACAAAAAUAAUUUUGCAACGGUAUAUUCGCGUUUUAAUCCAAUAACUUUUCUUUGUCUUAAAAUUAUCACAAUUUUCAGAAUAUUUCUUUACAGCAGUAAUACAAAUUAUAUUUCCAAGCAAUUCAAUUGCGCCUAUAAAUUACUAAAUUUCGGGCAUUAAAGUCGUACCUGAAUUGCACCGUUGUUUAAAGAUAAACCAUAAAGAAAAAAUCAAUAAACGAUCCCGAGUAGAACCGGAAUAUAAUUUUCACAACAGGUGCAUACCACGUGUGUUCUGUUUUCGAAUUUUAGUUUUAAGACUGCAUUUUCAAAUGUUUAUUUUACUUAACUAUUUAUUAAUUAGUUAACUUUUCAAUUUGACUGCAUUUUAAUGUACAUAAGAUAACUAGAACUGCCUAUUGGUUUAAAAUACUCAUAGAAAAUCAUUAAGUCAUGAGAAAAUAUUUGUAUGUUAGAAUAGUUUAUGUUGCAUAUUCGUACCAAAGAAUAAUUUCUAUUCGAUUUUUGUACAGUAAAUACUUCAUUGUAAUACUUUUAAUAUUCUAAGUUGUACUUAUUUGUAUCUUAUAAUUUAUAUUGACAUUUUAAUAUACUUUAUGGUAUUGGUAGCACCGUAAGGUUGACAGGAACGCAAAACAGACAUUAAAAGUAAUAAUAAUAAUUUUUUGUAUGGACCUAAGAAAUUGUAUGUCAGAACAACCAUAUACAAACACUUAAAGUAUAUCUAGCGUAAACUUCUUGUUGAACGUAAUACUAUUAUAAUAUGAAAUUGUAUUGGAAUAAUAAUAUCUUCUAUGCGUGUCCAUUAUCAUUUAAUGUAUGUCAUGUUGUAAUAGACUUACUGUUAAAAUUAUAAUACAAUAUAUUUUUGACGUUUGGGCAUCAAUCACUUGUUUCUGAAUUUAAGUGUUUUGUUUAGCUUAAUUUUUCAUAAAAAUAUUACUUUUUAACCUCAUGGUAGAGAUUACUAUAUAACUAUGAACUCACUUUUGAAAUAUCCUUUACAUUAUGCCAAAUUUCGCCAUUUUCCUAGUCGUUAUCAUACUUUUGUAAUUUUAAUUGCAUUCCUAAAUUUCCGUAAAAAUUGCUGAAUCUAUUACGGAAUUUAUUUUUUACAAUGACAGAAUUAUUAAUAAUGUUUUCAUAGAUCAUUUUGAUUGUUUAAUAAUUGUUAAUUCAAUUUUAUUUAAAAGUGUGAUGUCUAGGUUUCAGUUGUAUUGCAUGACAAAUUUUGUUAUUUUUAACGAACGACCCGUUGAACUAUUAUUGUUAAAUUGAUUAGUAAAUAAACGUUUUCGUAAUCCCAUAUCAAGUAUGCUUAUGUAAGCCUGUAUAAUAUAAUAUAAUUAAUAAUAAUAUAUUUCAAUCAUGUUUCAGUAGACCAAAAUAUUCGACUAGGUGUUGAUCUAAGCACAAUUUAGAAUCAUAAUAAUGUGACAAUAUUAUUGUAUAGGAUAAAUUAUAAUACGUAGAAAAUAGGACGUUUCUAUAAGUGUUCAAUAAUAAUUCAGAGAAGUCAAUUUCAACCAUCUUUCCAUUUUCAAAUUUGAUUCGUAGUAAUUUUGUUAAGUAACUAACUCGUCAGAUAUAAAGUACUAAAAAAACCUAUAGGGCUAAAUUGCAAAACCGAUACGAAUUUCCAAUGCGUGAAACAAUCUAGCCUGAAUGGCUACUCUUUCAAAAUGGUCGAACUCAAUAGAUACGUCAUCGAAAAUCUCAAUUUUGAAAUCGUAAUCAGAAAAGCAUUUAUAGCUACUGAAAUUUUGCGUAAUAUUGCUAUUAUGCAAAUAUGGACGUUAUCGGAUUUUUGGUUAUACCUAUCUAGUUUACAGUGCCAAAAGUUACUUAUUAAGAUCUAGCAUGUAGGUAUUUUAUGUAAAAAUAAUACAAAUACGUAGAAUGUUAUAAUUUUUUAAAUAAAAUAAAUGUAAUACC